UUAUCCCAGAUCAAUGGAGCCACCAGUACAGCACCUGCCACCAGUGCAUGCAGCAGCUCUACCAAAAUACCAUUUUCAGGUAGUCCCAAUAACCAUCACAUUCGUUACGAGACAAAUCCUUCGGCGAACGAUGAGUCUUUGACUGGUGCUGCUUCUUCCAGCGGCGGUAACAAAGCAUCAUUUACCGAACAGGCUUCCACGUCGUCGACGUCAUUUGACUAUGCCGCUGAUGGGCAGUCAGCCGCCGGAGCAUCCAGUGGCAUUUACGUUGGGGAUACAGAAAAAGUCGAUGGAUCCUUCUCAAGAUCCAGAUCGUCGUCGAUGUCGAGCAUAGACAUGUCUUCCGCGGAGUCAGUUACCUGUUUGGCGUUCAUUGAAAGUUACAACAAACGGAAUGACAUGCUAUCUGUAGUUCCAACUCUAUGGGUUGGCACUAGUUUUGGUUCCAUACUAACGCUGGUCGUUUCCAUGCCAGAACGUGAAGUAAGAAAAUCUCAACCAGUUUUGGUCACAAUUAACGGCGGUCCAGUUUUGCGUCUCAAAGGCGCAAUCACAUCAAUGUCAUUUUUGGAUGCUUUUGGCUCAAUAAUACCAUUUUCUUCUGAACCAUGGCGGGAUGAUAGUAGGGAUGCCAAAAAGGAACGAACGCCAACAAAAAGUAGCAGUCGAACAAGUCCUACAUUUACACCAACAACUGCCAAUACAAUAUCAAAUACAUCUGGUGGUAAUGUGAGUACCAGUGCCAGUAGCAGUGGUAUUAGUGGAAGCGUUAGCACCGGCCUAGAUACCAUAGCUGAUAGACAAUAUAUCGUAAUUGCAAGCGAGAAACAAACCAAAGUCUUCGAUAUUGCAAAUCAAUGUUGUGUUAAUCGCAUAAACUUUUCGGAAAUGGAUUUUGCGGUUAAAGCAAAAACUAUCACAAUGAAAGAUGGAACUUGCUUAGCAACCUAUCUUUCCAAUGGCCAUCUAAUGGUUCAUAGUCUUCCUAGUCUAAAGUUGUUAAUGGAUACAGAGUUCUUACCACUUAUGGACUUAAGUUUUCAAACCAAAUGCAAACAGGGAAUUGUGGAUCCAAUGCUUUCCAUAUGGGGUCAACAAAUCAUUGUUCACGAAGAUAUAACACAAAUAUCAAAAAUAUUUUGCUUCAGUAACAAAGGUCAUGGUCUGUACAUGGCAUCACCCACCGAAAUACAAAAGUUUACAAUAUCGUCAGAGUUUUGUCAAUUUAUUUUAGAUAUGAUGGGAUCAUUGUACACGGUUCAAGAGAUGCCAGAGCAGCCAAAAGAGAGUUUCUUCAAAGGAUUGUUUGGUGGCGGCGCCAAGAGUUUGGACCGAGAAGAACUAUUUGGAGAACAAAGCGGGAAGGCAAAUCGUUCUAUUGCUAAACACAUUCCGGGCCCAACACUCGAACAAUUAAAUCAGAGAGCUUCGACAGCUGCAUCUGAAAUUAGUCGCGCCCAUCUUUUGGCAAUGGAACGCGGCGAAAAGCUUAAUAUGCUAGAGGAGCGUGCCGAACGUAUGGCCAAUCAAGCUCAAGAUUUCAGCGGCACGGCGCAUUCAUUAAUGCUUAAAUACAAGGAUAAAAAGUGGUAUCAGUUGUAAAAUAUCUAUUACAGGAGCCAAUUCUACCACAGUUAUUGUAAUAUUGCUUUUAUAACAACAACAACAAGAAAAACAACAACAAACACUUUCUACUACAUUAAAGUACACUUAUUUAAUUUCUGUUUUCAAAUCGUCAUGUUAUUUAUAUAUUAAAAGUAAAAUAUAUUAAACUACAACAAAAAAUGUUUUUAAUAAAGUAUAGACCAAUAAAACGUGUUACAGAUUUACAA